AUGUGCAGAGGAAGUUAUCUACAGCAAAAAGCAAAUGUGGAAGGGGGUAGCGGGGAGGGGCGGACAAAUCUGUUGCAGGAGAUUUUGUCUGCUGGCUGCCAGAACAGCAGCUGUGAGCCUGAACAAAAGAAGGCAGAGCAUUUUCACAGCAGACAGUCUGCCAAGAUGAUUGCAAACAAUGCUUUUAAAAAAUCCCUGCUGCUAAAUGAGUAUUCCUAUGUGAAAUUAAACUCAAAUGAUCAAAAAGACAUCAAAGCGGUCCAGUUCAUACGAGUGAUUUCAAUAGUUGGGUUUGUUGUCCUGAUGGCUAUUUACAUCAUAAAACCAGUCAACGUCGAUUUUCCAAAGGACAAAGAAACCAUUAUCAGCAGUUACCAGCAGAUGGAGGAGCAAGGACUCUUUGGAGAGAUCUUGGAAGACAAGAUGAUUAAUGAAGACAAUGUCAAUAGAUGUAAUGAUUCAUGCAAUUUUGAACUUGUGGAAAGUAUUCCUUCUGACAUGCCUUAUGAGACAAAUAGCACCACUGUGACACCCUUGUACCAAGCAUGGAUGGGUCUCCUCAACAUGGCACAGGAAAGAAUUCAUGUGGCUUCUUACUACUGGUCUCUCACAGGAGAAGAUAUACAUGUAAAUGACUCAUCUUCUGAAGAGGGUGAAGAUAUUCUGAAGAAGUUUGAAAGUUUACUUAUGGAGAAUGUCUCAGUGUAUAUUGCAACAAGCCUGCCAACUUUAGCUGUAAAUUCAACUGAUCUUAAGGUUUUGAAGAAAAAAGGGGCUCAUGUAAGAAGGGUCAAUUUUGGACAUUUGACAAAAGGGGUGCUGCAUUCCAAAUUCUGGAUUGUAGACAUGAAACACAUAUAUAUUGGCAGUGCAAAUAUGGACUGGAGGUCAUUUUCUCAGGUGAAAGAAGUUGGUGCCGUGAUAUACAACUGCAGCUGCUUAGCCAAUGAUCUAUGGAAAACGUUCAGAACAUACUGGGAUCUUGGGCACGCUAAUGCCACCGUUCCCUCCCCAUGGCCGAGCAAUUACUCCACCAAAAUUAACAAGUAUAGGCCUCUGGAUGUGCAGUUUAAUGGAACCUUGACAACAGCCUAUUUUUCUGCCUCUCCUCCUGUGUUUUGCCCAAAGGGUCGUACUCACGACCUCAUUUCUAUUAUUGACAUUAUAAAUGAUGCAGAAGAAUAUGUGUAUAUCUCAGUCAUGGAGUAUUUUCCUACAACCCGCUUCAGACACCCAGCAAAAUACUGGCCAGACAUUGACAAUGCUCUGAGACGUGUGGCAUUCAACCACAAUGUAAAAAUCAGGCUUUUGAUCAGCUGCUGGCUCCACACUGACCCGUCCAUGUUCCAUUAUUUGCAGUCACUUUGUGCUCUCAGUGAUCCACAUACCAACAUCACCAUCGAUGUGAAAAUCUUCAUUGUUCCAGUUCUGAAUCACACAAACAUCCCUUUCGGGAGAGUGAACCACAACAAAUAUAUGGUCACUGAUAAAGUGGCAUAUAUUGGAACUUCCAAUUGGUCAAAAGAUUACUUUAGUAAUACAGCUGGAGUUGGGCUGAUUGUCAACCAGACUUCAACAGAUCCUCAAAGAAAGAAGCCAGUUAUACAGGAACAAUUAAAAAAUCUUUUUGAACGAGACUGGAAUUCCAAAUAUUCAAUAAAUAUGGAAGAUCUACAUGGGCAGAAAGACUGUGCCUGGGAAGAGGGAUUAAGUUACUUAUAAAGUUCAACAUUUUUUUUUCUAUUUGAAAUGUAAUAUACAUGAAAUACAUAGUUUAUUUUUAUUAUGUGUCAAAAAAAUCAUUUCCUACUGGUAUGGCCCACUACUUAAUGUUCUGGGAGCACAGUUCAAUAUACCCGUAUAAUCAAAUAAUUUUUGGCAGUUAAUAUGUGAAAUAUUUGUAUAUUUGUCCGGGACAGCAUUAGGCAUGGACCACAUAAGCAGCAACCCAGGGCACAAUAAGGACCAGAUUUAAUCACCUAAAGAUGCAUAUUCAUAGAUUACAAGGUCAGAAGGGACCAUUGUGAUCAUCUAGUCUGACCUCCUGUAUCACACAAGCUUCCCCAGAAUAAUUUCUAGAGUAGAUGU